ACACACUCAUGUGGGCGUCGUCGUCGUCGUGCUCGUAUGACCAGGUGGAGGAGCUGCGGCAGCGCCUGGAGGAGAAGAACCGACACAUCGAGAAGAAGACGCUCACCGCCACCCAAGCCCAGCAGGAGCGCAACCGCCUCAGCAACGAACUGAACGAGCUGCGCGACCACAUGGACAUCAAGGACCGCAAGAUCAACGUGCUCCAGCGCAAGAUCGAGAACCUGGAGGACCUGCUGAAGGAGAAGGACAACCAGGUGGACAUGGCGCGCGCGCGGCUGACCGCCAUGCAAGCGCACCGCUGCACCAACGAAGGCGCGCUCAGCUCGCUGGAGGAGGCCAUCGGCGACAAGGAGAAGCAGAUGUCGCAGCUGCGCGAGCAGAGGGACCGCGCCGAGCAGGAGAAGCAGGAGGAGCGCGAGCUGCACGAGCGCGAGGUGGCCGAGUACAAGAUGAAGCUGCACGCGCUGGAGAGCGAGCCUCGGCCGUCCGGCUGGUCCCAACUUCCGGUGGGCGCGCAGGUGGAGAAGCUGGGCGCGCGGCUGGAGCGCGCGCAGGCCGAGAAGGACCGGCUGGAGGCGAAGCUGGAGAGCUCGCAGUCGGAGCUGGGCAAGAGCAAGGCGGAGCUGGACAAGGCGGCGAGCGAGGUGGGCCGCAGCGGCGCCGACUGGGAGGCGGCCAAGCAGCGCCUCGCGCGCCUCGAGCUGGAGAACGAGCGCCUGCGCCACGACCUCGAGCGCUCCCAGACCACCUUCGGCCGCAGCACCCUCUCCACCUCCCAGGAGCUGGACCGCGUGCAGGAGCGCGCGGAGAAGGCGGCGGCGGAGCUGCGGCGCGCGCAGGCCGAGCUGCGCGUCACGCAGGCGGACAACGAACGCGCGCGCGCGGAGGCCGCUGCGCUGCAGGAGAAGGUGGAGAAAUCACAGGAUAACAGCUACUACGAACAACGCGUAUCGACUGCACUGUUGGAUGGUUUCCAACGUUGUUCCCUUCUCCUUGAGCCUCCGAGCGCGCUUGCGUCGCGCCGUCUGUUCGCGCAGGCAAACUGCGUCAGAUUGUCAGGUGCUCCUGCGGUUUUACGGGGCGAGGUGUACCGGCUGAAGGCGCGCCUGGAGAACGCUCAGGCGGAGCGCGAGAGCUUGCGCGACGAGCUGGAGCGCGCGCAGGCCGGCGCCGGGCGGCUGCACGCGGAGCGCGACAAGGCCGUGUCGGAGCUGGAGAAGGCCCAGGAGGAGCUGGAGCGGUCGCAGGCCACGCUGGGCAAGGCGCAGCUGCAGCAGGACAAGCUGCAGGCGGCGCUGGACAAGGCGCAGAGCGACGUCGACAAGCUGCAGGAGCGCUUCGACAAGGGGCAGGCCGAGCUGCGACGGCUGCAGAUGGAGAAGGAAAAACACAGCUACGACUUCGAGAACGUGCAGUCGCAGCUGGACAAGGCCCUCGGGCAGGCGACAAGGCUGCAGAAGGAACGCGAAGCUGUGCAACUGGAGGCUGACCGCCUGCGCGACAAGUACGAGAAAGCGCAGCUUCCUGCACUGUCCCCCGUUGACCUGGGAAGUGACGUGUGUGCCGGCGGCGCGUGCGUGCGUGCGCAGAUGCUGCUGGGGCGCCAGCAGAAGGAGCGCGAGCAGCUGCAGGAGGAGGCGGACAAGCUGCGCGAGCGCCUGGAGCUGCAGGCCGGGCAGGUGGCGAAGGCGCAGCGCGACCGCGACAACAUGCAGGCCGAGCUGGACCUCGUCAAGGAGCGCUGGGACAAGACGCAGCAAGUGCACCAGAAGCUGCAGAUGGAGCGUGACGACGCCAUCACAGAGACGGAGAUCCUCAAAGACAAACUGGAGAAGGCCAACGUCGCAGCAUCGAAAGCCCUGGAAGAACGCGACGCAGCCAACAAGGAGUUCGAGCGGGUGCUCGAGAAAUACGACAGCGUACUACUUCUUGAAGAAAGGUCGCAGGGCGAGGUGUACCGUCUGCAGUCGCGGCUGGAGGGCCUGGAGGGCGAGAAGGACCGCCUGGAGCUGGAGGCCGAGAAGGCCGGGCUGCUGGCGGGCAAGGCGCGGGAGGAGACGCGGAAGCUGCAGGACGAGCUGUCGCGCGUCCAGGAGCUGUACGAGCGGGCGGCGCUACAGCUGGGCCGCACCAAGGAGUCCGAGGAGAAGUUCAAGGAGGAGAUGGACCGCAUGGCGGUGGACCUGGAGAUGGUCCGCGAACGCUACGACAAGUCGCAGAUCGAGAUGCGGCGCGUGCAGGCGGACCGCGAGAAGUUCCAGGGCGACGCCGAGCGGCUGGCGUUCGAGCUGGAGCGCGCGCACGCGCAGUGCGCCAAGACGACGGCCGCCAACGAGAAGGGUCAGGAGGAGAUGGCGCGGCUGCAGGUGGAGCUGGAGAAGAUGUACGACAAGCACGACAAGGCGCAGGCGGAGUUGCGCAAGGCGCAGGCCGAGGUGGAGCGGCAGCGCGCCGAGUCGGAGGCGCUGCGCGAGGAGGCCGAGCGCUACGCGGCGCGCGUCGGCAAGUACCAGGACUCGCAGGAGCGCGCCAAGGAGGAGGGCGAGCGCCUCAAGCUGGAGGUGGAGCGGCUGCGGGAGCGCCUGGACAAGGCGGCGGCCGAGCUGGACCGGGCGCAGCGCGCCGAGCAGGAGGCGGUGCGGCUGCGCAUGGAGCUGGAGCGCGAGCAGGGCAUGCGAGGUAAAUACCAGUUCGAGCAGGAGAAGGCGUCGCAGGACCAGGCGCGGCUGCAGGGCGAGGUGGAGAAGCUGCGCGAGCGCCUCGACACGUCCCAGCUGGAGCUGCAGCGCGCGCUGGCCGCCGCCGAGCAGCAGGAGGAGCGCUUGCACGAGCUGCAGCUGGAGCUGGAGCUGUCGCGCGCCGACUGCGCCAAACUGGCCGGCGGCAGCGACAAGCAGCACGCGGAGCUGGAGCGGCUGCACAUCGACUGCGAGAAGCUGCGCGACCGCCUCGAGCAGUCGCAGGCGCGCUGCGAGGGGCUGGAGAAGGAGGGCGACCGGCUGCGCGCGGAGCUGCGCGCGGCGGGCGCCGCCGCCGCCGCGGCCGACGGCGGCAGGCGAGCGGAGGCGGCGGCGCUGCGCGACCGCCUAGACAGACGCAGACGGAGCUGGCGCGCGCCGAGGCCGAGGCCGGGCGGCUGGCGCGGCGAGCUGGAGAACUGCCACUCGGCAAUACCAGGAGAACACGGAGGCGGCGCGCUCGAGUUCGAGGCAAUGGCCACCGAGCUGAGCCGGCUGCACGAGAAGCUGGAGCGCGCGCAGGGCCGAGCAGCGCAGGCGGCGGACGACGGCAGCGCUGCAAGAGGAGCGCGACGCGGCGCGCGCAGAGGGCGGGCACGCGCGCGACUCGCACGCGCAGUGCGCACGACGCGCGCCGAGGCCGAGGAGCGGCUGCGCGAGGAGCUGGCGCAGGCGCAGCGCGACCGCGACCGCGUCACGAGCCUCAUGGAGAAGCGCGAGAAGCAGGCCGAGCGCGCCGAGAAGCAGCUGGCGCAGUUCGAGGCGCAGGUCGGCCAGCUGCAGCUGGAGCGCGACCAGCUCGUGGUGCAGCUGGAGAAGUCGCAGGAGAUGCUCAUGAACUUCCAGCAAGAGCUGAACCAGAGCGAGGCGGAGCUGGGGCGGCUGCGCGGGGAGCAGCAGCAGAGCCGCGACCAGCUCGCGCAGCAGGCGGAGCAGGAGCGGCUGCGCGCCGAGCGCCUGGAGCGCCAGCUGCGCGACGGCUCCAACAAGGAGAACGCGCGCGCCGAGGCCGCGGAGCGCAACGCGGCCGACACGCAGCGCCGCCUGCAGGCCGCGCAGGCGGCGAUGGCGACGUCGGGCGGGCCGGGCGCGGCGGACGCGGCGGCGGCGCAGGCGCGGCUGGCCGAGGUGCAGGCGGAGCUGCAGAAGGCGCGCGAGGACGCGCAGCACUCGCAGGUGGAGACGGAGCGCCUGCUGCGCCUCGUGCAGAUGAGCCAGGAGGAGCAGAACCAGAAGGAGAAGACCAUUCGCGACCUGCAGGAAGCCUUGAAAAACACCCAAACCAAGCUGAGAAGUCAGCAGCAAGCCAAUGCACAAAUGAGAGAAGAGUUCCGUCUCCGAGCUCUUCUCCCACGCCGCUUCAGUUGGGCUGUUCGCGGCCGUCACUGCCACGCAAAUACACCUCCUCCUCCUCCUCUUUCCUUCUCCCAGCGGCGAUUCCUGCGAUUGCGCCACCGCCACUGUCUCCGUCUUCGCGUUGCGUUUAGUUUCGGCGCCCCGCGGCGCCGGCUCCGUUUUGCUUUGUUUGGCCCUCGUGCUUGUAUGGCCCCGCCCCUGCUCGUGACCCCGCCCCGCGCCCGCCAGGUGAAACAGCAUCAGCAGCAGCAGCGCCAGCAGCAGGAGCGGGAGAGGGAGCGGGAACGGGAGCGCGCAGGCGACGGGGACGGCGCCAGCGACCCGGGCGGCGAGGCCGACGACGAGGAGGACGACGUGCCCCGCAAGGCGGACGCCGCCGCCCAGACCCAGGCCCAGGCCCAAGCCCAGGCCAAUGGCGCCACCGUCGACGCCAACGUCCUGGCACGCAAAGACCGGGAGAUAGUGUCACGAUUUUGCCGCCAUCUCACCACGGUCAAUAUCAACUAUUGCAAGUUCCGCAUUUUCUUGUGUAAAACUGAUUGGCAGAUGGCUGAUCUGCGAGGCACUGCCAUGGACCUGCAGGAGGAGGUGAUGGAGGGGCGACAGCGCGUGGAGGAGCUGCAGGCCGAGGUGACGGCGCUGGAGGCGGCGCUGCACGAGCAGUCGGGGCUGGAGGAGCUGGAGGAGUUGGUGGCGGUGGUGCGCCUCAAGGACGACCGCAUCGCCGAGCUGGAGGAGGCGCUGCGCGAGAGCGUGCGCAUCACGGCGGAGCGCGAGCGCGCGCUGCAGCAAGAGGAGGCCCGCCGCCGCCAGGUGGCCGAGAAGGUGAUCGAGCGCGAAUGGAAGCUCCAGAGAGUGAAUGAAUGA